UAGAAGUUGCUGUGGCGACGCACGUGGUCCCGGAUCCCCCAUGUUCGAGGAGCCCGAGUGGGCCGAGGAGCCCCACGCCCCAGCCACCCGCCCUCCCCCUAUCUCGCGCGCCCGGAGUGGGUCGGCGCCGCGCGCCAAGGGCCUUCACCGUCAAAGUCUUCAGGCUACACUACAGGCACUACAGGCUGAGGCAUUUUCAUAUCAGCUCAUUAACCAAGGGGACAAUGGCUCUGACUCAGAAUCUGAUUCUGGGGAGAAGAAGAGAAAAAAGAGGAAGAAGACUCCCAAAAAGGCUCCACUUAUGGAGGAAAACUCAAAGUUAAUAGUCCAAGGAAUAAAAUCCAAGAAAGAGGAAAGCAAAGGCUCUGGAGUCCCAAAGAGUGGUGACCUGACCCCUGUGCUUCCCCAGAAAGACUCGGGCCUCCAGAGACCCACCCUUGGCCCAAUGGAAGAUGGGAGUGACACAGGGCCAAGGCUAAGCCGAAAACAAUGGAGAAACCGUCAGAAAAACAAAAGGAGACAGAAGAAUAAGUUUCUGCCCCCAAAGCCACUGGGUGCUCCAACUCCUGAGGAGGAGGAGACCCGCCCUGCACAGACAGGAGAGUGUGAGCCAGAGUUGGGAGCAGGGGAGCCAGGGGCAUCUUUGGACCGUGGUGGGGUACUGCGGGCAAAGAUGAAGCAGCGGCUUGAGGGAGCUCGUUUCCGCUUUCUCAAUGAGCGGCUGUACUCUGUGACAAGCAGCACAGCAAGCCACAUCUUUCAGGAAGACCCAGAAGCCUUUGAGCUCUACCAUCGUGGCUUUCAGAACCAGCUAAAGCGAUGGCCCCUGAAGCCUGUGGAUCGAAUUGUGAAGGACUUGAAACAGCGCCCAGCAUCCCUGGUUGUGGCAGAUUUUGGCUGUGGGGACUGUCGCCUUGCCUCCAGUGUCAAGAACACUGUUCACUGCUUUGACUUGGCUGCACUUGACCCCCGUGUCACCGUCUGUGACAUGGCCCAGGUGCCCCUCAAGGAUGAGUCUGUGGACAUUGCUGUUUUCUGCCUUUCGUUGAUGGGAACAAACCUGAGUGACUUUCUGAAGGAGGCAAACCGAGUACUGAAACCAGGAGGCCUGUUGAAAGUGGCUGAGGUAGCCAGCCGGUUUGUGGAUAUGAGGGGUUUCUUGGGAGCUUUAGCUCAGUUGGGCUUCAAGCUUGUCUCCAAGGAUCUGAGCAACAGCUACUUCUACCUGUUAAACUUCCACAAGAUAGGGCCUCCCAAGGCUCAGGGUCCCCUUCGAGGCCUGACUUUGAGGCCAUGUCUGUACAAGCGCCGAUGACCCAAUCUGGCUUCUUGAUUCCUCUGCCCUGCCUGAGGCGUCAGGACUGAGCUUCAGCCACAACCCAGCUGUGAGGGCCCCUUGACAGUUCGGGAGCUUGUGCCCAGGAAUGUUGUGAUGGGAUGUGGACCAGGGCAGCAGGCAAGCAUUUGGAGUGAAGACUGAGCCAAAUCAUGAAAGACCUUGGCAACAGGGUGGGGAGUUUUCAGAGGGAAACCAUAAAUGUAAGUUCAAACCCUGACUGGGGCCAUGGUGACCUGUGGGACUGGGCAACUUCAUCAUCUCCCUGGGACUCCCACUCCUAUGAAAUAUGAAAUGGGCCAUAGGUGAGGUCACACAAGGAGAGACCAGCCAGGUUCUAACUAUAAAAGUGGGGGAGAGGGAGAUGCAUGCCAGCCCCUACCCAGCUUUCCAUAGGUCACUGAAGAAAUAAACUAUGGUGGAGUUUGACUCCUGA